CUUAUAAAAUAAAUGUUGUUUUAACAUCUGUUUAGCAUUACAGUGUCAGGCUAUUUGCUUGCCCCUAUUCAUGAUUAUAUUUUAAUCGUUUAUAAAAUAUUUAAGGCAUACUACUAGCAUUUUCUGAGUUUGUCCCUACAUCUAGUUUCAAAAUAAUACUGACUGUAAGUAAUAUGGUGUGGCAUAAAGUUAUUUUCAAAAUUAUGUGGUGGGAAGGUUAUUUCCUACACGCAAUGCAGUAAUAUUCUUAAAUGAAAUAUUUUUCUUAAUUUCUAAGGUUUGUUUGCAAAUGUUACUGUUUACUGUGAAUGUAGACAACAGUGAGUGCUUUUGUGUAGAGUAGGAUGUCAUGUGACAGCUGGAAUAAAGAACUAUAACCCCAUAGGAUAACGAUAGGCCAUAUCCAUAUUUUUGCUUUAUGCUGUUCAUUAACUGCAGUAUGAUCCCUUCCUCGCCCAGUUUAGAUGUGUAUCACACAACUUCUAAAUCACAAUUAAAUGUCUGAUCUAUAUCUUUAUUUCAACCAGUACUGUCUGUCAAAUUGCAGUAAAGCCUUCCUGUCAGAUUUGCACUAUAAGAUGAAAAUGUAUGAAUAAAGUGUGAUAGCGUGUAAAGACUUAAUUUUAGUUUGGCAUUUUGCUUGUUGAUGCUCAUUUUUAAAUAUGUGAUUCUCAAAUAUGUUGGUGAAUAAAGUCAACAUGAUGGAUUUUAAAUCUGUUUUCUUGUGUGGUUUUGUUAACCUGUAAUGUCUAACAGUGAUGUUAUAUAUCUAGUGUCAUUUUGCCCACCCCCGUUCACAAUACACCCUCUUUUUCACACAAAAAUGACCUAAAGAAAUGAUGCAGUGGGUUUACGUGACGCACUUUUGGGCAAGUCUCCAAACUUAUUUUUUGAAUGGAUGUCAAUGGUAUGGAGGAGACCAUUCACUACGAUAAAUAAACUCCCUUUGUGAGGAAGUAGACGAAUCCGAUCUUUAGUAGCUUUACAUUAAACGAUACUUUUGUUGGUAAUUAUAAUAGAUUUAUAAGAGAAGGCUAUGUAAAUGUUGUACAUAUAGCAGUAAAUGCCUAUUGUAUUGUGUCCUUAUUCUGCGAAAAAAAAGCGUUAAAGUUUUUCACUUGACUUUUUAGUGAAUGUCGCAUUAGCGCAUGCGCGAGCGAGGAGCACGCGGACCGUCACCCGAAAUCUCGUUUUUACUGUUUGGUUUUGGCACAUUGCGGCAACAGUCUUCCCACUGCUUCACUAGACUACACGGUUGAAAGGUGGUAAUAUUAAGAUGAUGCCUUAUGAAAUACUGUCAGUCACGCUGAUGUCAGGGGUGCAGAUGCCCCUCUUGGGUUUGGGCACUUAUAAGUUACAAAGCUAUGAUCAGUUAUACCAGUGUGUGGACUCUGCUCUUCUAGCAGGAUACCGUAGCUUUGACACAGCUGCUGUGUAUGGAAAUGAGGCACAACUAGGGCAAAUCCUCAAAGAGCUGUUGCCCAAGCAUGGCUUUAGCCGUAAGGAUAUUUUCAUCAUCAGCAAGCUUUCCCCUUCAGACCAUGGACCCAGGGCAAAGGUAGGUUGCCUGAGGAGUCUGGAGCAACUAGGUUGUGAAUACAUUGACCUCUAUCUAGUCCACUGGCCUGGAAUAGAGGGUCUUGAACCAGAGGAUUCUUGUCAUGCAGAGUUCCGGGCACAGAGCUGGGCAACCCUAGAGGAAUUCUACACAAGCGGGAAAUUCAAGGCAAUAGGAGUCUCUAACUACACUGCAAAGCACAUUAGGGAGCUGCUCGUGAUGUGCCUUGUGCCCCCAGCAGUCUUUCAAAUGGAGUGUCAACCAAAGCUGAUCCAGAGGGAACUGAGGGAUUUAUGUACAGAGAAAGGCAUUCACUUCCAGGCCUACUCCUCUCUCGGUAAAGGAGCUCUCUUGAGCGAGCCGGAGGUAGUGGCUAUAGCAAAGCGCUGUGGUCGGACCCCUGCCCAGAUUCUGCUGAGGUGGGCUGUACAGCAAGGCAUUUCUGUUCUGCCUCGUUCUUCACAGCCACACAGAGUAAAGGAAAAUGCAGAGGUUUUCAAUUUUAAGUUAAGCGAGAGUGAUAUGAUGAUGUUGAAUGCCAUGAAUUGCGGAGCAAGGUUUUGUAAAAGAGACUCUAGCAAUAUAGUUUAGGUUUGAAAAUAUAAUGUACUUCAGCUAUUAAUAUGAAUGUUUAAUUGAUCCUUGAGCUCAAUAUAUGAUGUGUUAAGAAAAAUGUCUAAAUUCAGCAUUUGAAUAAAGA